CCUAUGCUCCUCCACGAGGGGUAAAAGAUGUUAGUAAGUAAGUGGUUACUUAUGGUGAGUACGAAAUAGUUACCGUUUUUUGAUCGAAGCUAUUGUUACAGCACUGUUCAGUCAUGAACCAACCUAUAGGUUAGUCUCGUUGAUGUUAUAAAGACAAUGAAUAAUUACUCGUCACUUUAACUAGUGUUUAAUCGAUAAUACUUAUACAAUUCUGCAAUCGCAUUAAAUUAUCGAAGAAAAUGUGCAACUGGUAUAACCACCGAAUUUUCAAUCUACGCUGUUUAAACCAUCAUGUUUAUCCGAGAACGUUACCAGUCAAGACUCCAGACAAUUCACCACGAUCACAAAAAGCAGCUGUUACAGCUACAAGAGUAUUUCUUAGAGAAUGUAUUCAUAAAUCCACUAAAAACUUGGAAUCAUUGCGUUCACGUAUAGCAAACAUUGAUAGUGUUUUAUCUUUAAUUAUACCAACAGAAAUAAAAACAAAUGUUGUUGAAUUUUUCGAACAUGAAGAAAACUUUUAUGAUCAAAUUACAAAAAAAAGUCAAAUAAGAAAAUUCGAAAAAUUGUUUAAACAUCCAUCAAAAUUCAAUAAUUACGCGAUUAGAAACAAUUCCAAGGAACUAGAUAUAAACAAAAUUGUUGUGAAUCUAUCUGACAAACAUUUAAAUCAACACGAACUAUCAUUGCUUGAGAAAGGUCUCAAUUUCAAUUUGAGCAAAACACAACUUAUGGCCUCUGAAAUUAUUCCGAUUAUUGAACCUGCCUUAAACAAUGUUCCAACUGAUCAAGCGAAUUCAGUGAGAUUUAGAAUCUCAAAUGCUUUGUUGAAACAAAAACCGAAUACACAUAAUCUAUUUAAAGAAGAAAUGUAUGCUCUAAAACAGCUACGUAAAGACAGAAAAAUUGUUAUUAUGAGAGCUGACAAGGGAAACAUCACUGUUGUUAUGAAUAAUUCUGAUUAUGAGAAAAAGGUCAAUGAACAUCUCCACACUGGACCUUAUUAAAAAAUCAAGAAUAACAAAUGUACAGUAAAUUUGAAUAAGCUGAAAGCCGAAACAGCCAAAAUGCCACAGACUUUAGAAUCCAAACUAGGAUCAUCUCUAUGGC